CCGCUAACUGGCCUCCAAAACCUUUCUUCGUCGUUUUUUUUUCUUUCUGAAACCAAAAUUUCAUCUUCAUUCACAAAUUCAUGUAAAGUGACUACAACCUACCACAAGAUUCAGUAUAUAACGCUGAAGAUGUAGCGAGGCUUGAUGUAUUCCUUCGAAAAGACUGUAAACAAGGAGUUCGGAGGCUAUGGAGUUGUUGGAAUUGAUGAGUCAAAGAGGUUUACGCCUGAUGUGGUGACUUUUAAUACAAUGAUAAGCGGGCUUUGCAAGAGGGGAAGACAGAGGAAGCAAAUGGUUGUUGGAGUUGAUGGGUCAAGAGGUUUGCAGCCUGAUGUGGUAACAUUUAAUACAAUGGUAAAUGGGCUUUGCAGGGAAGGGAGAUGGAGGAAGCUAAUGGGUUGUUGGAAUUGAUGAGUCAAAGGGGUUUGCAGCCUGAUGUGGUGACGUUUAACACAAUGGUAAUAGGCUUUGCAAGGAGGGAAGACGGAGGAAGCUAAUGGGUUGUUGGAAUUGAUGAGUCAAAGAGGUCUGCAGCCUGACGUGGUGACUUUUAAUAUAAUGUAAGCGUGCAUUGCAAGGUGGGGAAGACGGGGAAGCUUAUGGUUUUUUGAAUUGAUGAUUCAAAGAGUU